AAGCAGUUUGAUCUGUCUUUCUGUGUUCCUCCCCUCCCCCUAGAGACGAACAGAAGGGGAGGAGCUCACUCUAACCACACAAUUUAGGUCUUCUGUGGAGUGCUUGGUUUCCUGUCGGCAGUCAGUCAACUGGGCCAUCUUGACUUGCCUGAAGGGUGGAGAAUUGGUGUCUGCCCUGAGAAGGGGAGCAAGCUCUCGUGUUCUGCCUUGAGCACAGGCAUGAGACUGAAUUUGUGAAAGCCUUUGGAGGCAUCUUUUUCCCGUGACUUUGGCUUUCUUGUAUUUGUGGGCUGUUUCUGAGAAGACUCCGUCAUGACUUUGCUGGAGCCUGAGAUGCUAAUGAUGGCCGUACAGUCAGUGCUGCAGUUGAAGCUCCAACAGCGCCGGACCCGGGAAGAGCUGGUGAGCCAAGGGAUCAUGCCGCCUUUGAAAAGUCCAGCUGCAUUUCAUGAGCAGAGAAGGAGCCUGGAGCGGGCCAGGACAGAGGACUAUCUGAAACGGAAGAUUCGUUCCCGGCCAGAGAGAUCGGAACUGGUCAGAAUGCACAUUUUGGAAGAGACCUCGGCUGAGCCUUCCCUUCAGGCCAAGCAGCUAAAGCUGAAGAGAGCCAGGCUAGCUGAUGACCUCAAUGAAAAGAUUGCACAGAGGCCUGGUCCCAUGGAGCUGGUGGAGAAGAACAUCCUACCCGUGGAAUCCAGCCUGAAGGAAGCCAUCAUUGUGGGCCAGGUAAAUUACCCAAAGGUGGCAGACAGCUCUUCCUUUGAUGAGGACAGCAGUGAUGCCUUAUCCCCUGAACAACCUGCCAGCCAUGAGUCCCAGGGUUCAGUGCCAUCACCCCUGGAGUCCCGUGUCAGCGAACCACUGCCCAGUGCCACUUCCAUAUCACCCACUCAGGUUCUUGGUCAGCUCCCAAUGGGCCCAGAUCCUGGAGAGACGCUUUUCCUGGCUGAGCAGCCGUCUCUGCCUCCUGCACCUCUGCUGCCUCCAGGCCUGACCAAUGGAACCACGCCCCCCACCGCCAAGCCCGCCCCCACCCUCAUUAAGCAAAGCCAACCAAAGUCUGCCAGUGAGAAGUCGCAGCGCAGCAAGAAGUCCAAGGAGCUGAAGCCAAAGGUGAAGAAGCUCAAGUACCACCAGUACAUCCCCCCGGACCAAAAGCAGGACAAGGGGGCACCCGCCAUGGACUCCUCCUACGCCAAGAUCCUGCAGCAGCAGCAGCUCUUCCUGCAACUGCAGAUCCUCAACCAGCAGCAGCAGCAGCAGCACUACAAUUACCAGGCCAUCCUGCCAGCCCCUCCCAAGCCGGCAGGUGAGGCUCUGGGAAGCAGUGGGCCCCCCACAACACGCAGCCUCUCCAGCAGCAGCAGCAGCAGCUCCAGCUCAGGCACCCCAGGGACUGGAGGGCUAGCACGGCAGAACAGCACCACACUGACUGGCAAACCAGGAACCCUGCCAGCCAAUCUGGACGACAUGAAGGUGGCAGAGCUGAAGCAGGAGCUGAAGUUGCGGUCGCUGCCUGUCUCCGGCACCAAGACAGAACUGAUUGAGCGCCUGCGCACCUACCAAGACCAAGUCAGCCCGGCUCCAGGAGUUGCCAAGGCCCCUGCCACAACCUCUCUCCUGUCCAAGGCUGGUGAGGUAGUGGUCGCCUUCCCUGCGGCCCGGCUGAGCACAGGGUCAGCUCUUGUAGCAGCAGGCCUGGCCCCAGCCGAGGUGGUGGUUGCCACAGUGAGCAGCAAUGGCGUGGUGAAGUUUGGCAGCACGGGCUCCACACCCCCUGUGUCUCCCACCCCCUCUGAGCGCUCACUGCUCAGCACGGGUGACGAGAAUUCCACACCUGGGGACACCUUUGGUGAAAUGGUGACAUCGCCGCUGACACAGCUCACCCUGCAGGCCUCCCCACUACAGAUCCUUGUGAAGGAAGAGGGUGCCCGUGCUGUGCCCUGCUGCCUGAGCCCUGGUGUACGGGCUGAGCUGGAGGGGCUGGACAAGGACCAGAUGCUGCAGGAGAAGGACAAGCAGAUCGAGGAGUUGACCCGCAUGCUCCGGCAGAAGCAGCAGCUUGUGGAGCUGCUCCGGCUACAGCUGGAGCAGGAGAAACGGGCCCAGCAGCCAGUCCCGGGCCCAGCUCCAGCCAGCACCCCUGUAAAGCAGGAAAGCAACUUCUCCAGCUGCCAGUUGACCUGCCAGCCCCAGGGAUCCACUCACCCCUUUGGCCCUGGCCUGGUGGUCCCCACUACCAACCACGGAGACCCUCAGGCCUCAGCUGCAGCCAGCACCCCUGUGAAGCAGGAAAGUGGCCUCUCCAGCUGCCAGCUGACCUGCCAGCUCCAGAGCUCCACUCACCCCUUUGGCCCUGGCCUGGUGAUUCCCACUGCCAACCAUGGAGACACUCAGGCCCCAGCCCCUGGGCCCCCAGCCAUGGUGAUAAAGCAGGAAGCCGGGCUACCUGAGCCAGAUCUCACCCCCAGCCCCCAACUGCUCCUGGGCCCACAGGGAACGAGCCUCCUCAAGAGAGUCAUCCCUCCUACCCUGGUCACUGACUCUACAGGGACACAUCUCGUCCUCAGUGUGACCAAUAAGAGUGCAGAUGGCCCUGGCCUGCCCAGUGGGAGUCCCCAGAAGCCCUUGUCCCAGCCUGGCUCUCCAGCCCCUGGCCCACCUGCCCAGAUGGACUUGGAGCACCCGCCACAGCCUCCAUUUGCAUCCCCCACUUCUCUACCGAAGAAGGAGCCACCAGGCUAUGAGGAGACCAUGACCCAGCAGCCCAAGCAGCAGGAAAAUGGCUCCUCAAGCCAGCAGAUGGAUGACCUGUUUGAUAUUCUUAUUCAGAGUGGAGAAAUUUCAGCAGAUUUCAAGGAACCACCGUCACUACCAGGGAAGGAAAAGUCACCCUCAGCAGCAGCCUGUGGGUCCUCGCUAACAGCACAACCCUUGCCUUCCACUGAGCUCCCCCAGGCUGCCCCACCUCCACCAGGCUCUCCUGCCCUUCCAGGGCGUCUGGAGGACUUCCUGGAGAGCAGCACAGGGCUGCCCCUGCUGACGAGUGGGCACGAGGGGCCAGAGCCCCUUUCCCUCAUAGACGACCUCCACAGCCAGAUGCUGAGCAGCUCUGCCAUCCUGGACCACCCCCCAUCACCCAUGGACACCUCAGAAUUGCACUUUGCUCCUGAGCCCAGCAGUGGUAUGGGCCUGGACCUGGCUGACGGCCACCUAGACAGCAUGGACUGGCUGGAGCUGUCAUCUGGUGGCCCUGUGCUCAGCCUGGCUCCCCUCAGCACUGCAGCCCCCAGCCUCUUCUCCACGGACUUCCUUGAUGGCCAUGAUCUGCAGCUGCACUGGGAUUCCUGCUUGUAGCCCUCCAGCUCAAGAGAGGGACUGUGGAAGGGCCUGAAGUUGGGGAGCCAUAGAACCAUAGCCAGCAUGCACGCCCUGUGAUUGAGGAUUGAGUCUUGACAAUCAGAGUCCCAGGACGCUGGAGCAGAAGGACCCUACCCCUGGCUCACCUAGGACAGGAGACAUAAGCUGUUAAGUAACAACUCUGGGCCCCAUGCUGGGGUUUUGGAAGGCUGACGAGAGCCAGGGCCAGUUCAAUUUGACCUCCUUUUCUGAGGUCAGAGGUGCACAUCUGGCUGCAGUUUGGCUCAGGUGGGGUCAGGGCCUACCCACCUUUCUUCUCUCCCCAACUCCUUUACUGUGAGGGAAGCUAGGCGGGCCUUCAUUCCCUGUCAGCCAGUCCCUAGCUUCCAAAGCAGGGGAAGAGGGACAGUCUGCCAUUUUAAUGUGUUGGUAUAGUGUAACCAUUUAGCGGUUGGUGGCAAAAGUCAUCUGUACAAGUGUAUAUACCUCUAUAUUAUAUACCAACAUACAUAUCUAUAUUUUUGGGGGUGGGAGAUGGGUAUGGCUACCUCCACCAGCUUUCACAUGCCGAAGGCCUGUGGCUACUGGGGGCUUGAUACAGGGUCACCCUGAGCUACGUGCCACACAGUCCAGUGCCCAGUCGGGCAUGCAGCUGCCCAGGCCCACCCCUCACGUGUGUUUGACAUGUAGACACUGGCCAUGGCCUACACUCCACCUGCCCUGCUUUCCGGCUCCUUUGUGCCACAAGGGCAGAGAGGCUUCCUGGUCUAACCCCCCAGGAGCGCUCUGCCCACCCACAUUCCAUCCCAUUUCCUCGCUGUAGCCAACAUGGACCUGGGACAGAGGGGCUUGGCAGCUGUGGCCACCUCGUGCCCACCAUCAGCCUUGUUCCGAUGCAAUAGGGAGUAGGGAUGGA